AUGGCCUGCUCCCAACACAGCAUCUACCGCUUCCUUGGCGUGGCCGAGGACGCGCCCUUCGUCGAGGUGAAGAAGAUCUACCACAAGGCGGCCCUGCGCGGGGACGCCCUCCACCCGCCCUGCCCGACGCCCUCCCGCAGCGGGGACGCCCUACACCCGCCCUGCCCGACGCCCUUCCGCAGCGGGGACGCCCUCCACCCGCCCUGCCCGACGCCCUCCCGCAGCGGGGACGCCCUACACCCGCCCUGCCCGACGCCCUCCCGCAGCGGGGACGCCCUCCACCCGCCCUGCCCGGCGCCCUUCCGCAGCGGGGACGCCCUCCACCCGCCCUGCCCGACGCCCUCCCGCAGCGGGGACGCCCUCCCGCAGCCGGGACGGCCUACACCCGCCCUGCCCGACGCCCUCCCACAGCGGGGACGCCCUCCACCCGCCCUGCCCGGCGCCCUUCCGCAGCGGGGACGCCCUCCACCCGCCCUGCCCGACGCCCUCCCGCAGCGGGGACGCCCUACACCCGCCCUGCCCGACGCCCUCCCACAGCGGGGACGCCCUCCACCCGCCCUGCCCGGCGCCCUCCCGCAGCGGGGACGCCCUCAACCCGCCCUGCCCGACGCCCUGCCGCAGCGGGACGCACUCCACCCGCCCGGCGCGACGCCCUCCCGCAGCGGGGACGCCCUCCACCCGCCCUGCCCGACGCCCUCCCCGCAGCGGGACGCCCUCCCGCAGCGGGACGCCUCCACCCGCCCUGCCCGACGCCCUCCCUCAGCGGGGACGCCCUACUCCCGCCCUGCCCGACGCCCUCCCUCAGCGGGGACGCCCUCCACCCGCCCUGCCCGGCGCCCUCCCGCAGCAGGAACGCCCUCCACCCGCCCUGCCCGGCGCCUUCCCGCAGCGGGGACGCCCUACACCGCCCCUGCCCGACGCCCUCCCGCAGCGGGCACGCCCUACCCCCGCCCUGCCCGACGCCCUCCCGCAGCGGGGACGCCCUCCACCCGCCCUGCCCGACGCCCUCCCGCAGCGGGGACGCCCUCCCGCAGCGGGGACGCUCUACACCCGCCCUGCCCGUCGCCCUCCCACCGCGGGGACGCCCUCCACCCCCCCAGCCCGGCGCCCUUCCGCAGCGGGGACGCCCUCCACCCGCCCUGCCCGACGCCCUCCCGCAGCGGGACGCCCUACACCCGCCCUGCCCGACGCCCCUCCCACAGCGGGACGCCCCUCCACCCGCCCUGCCCGGCGCCCUCCCGCAGCAGGGACGCCCUCAACCCGCCCUGCCCGACGCCCUCCCGCAGCGGGGACGCCCUCCACCCGCCCUGCCCGACGCCCUCCCGCAGCGGGGACGCCCUCCACCCGCCCGGCCCGACGCCCUCCCGCAGCGGGGACGCCCUCCCGCAGCGGGGACGCCCUCCACCCGCCCUGCCCGACGCCCUCCCGCAGCGGGGACGCCCUACACCCGCCCUGCCCGACGCCCUCCCACAGCGGGGACGCCCUCCACCCGCCCUGCCCGGCGCCCUCCCGCAGCAGGAACGCCCUCCACCCGCCCUGCCCGGCGCCUUCCCGCAGCGGGGACGCCCUACACCCGCCCUGCCCGACGCCCUCCCGCAGCGGGGACGCCCUACACCCGCCCUGCCCGACGCCCUCCCGCAGCGGGGACGCCCUCCACCCGCCCUGCCCGACGCCCUCCCGCAGCGGGGACGCCCUACACCCGCCCUGCCCGACGCCCUCCCGCAGCGGGGACGCCCUACACCCGCCCUGCCCGGCGCCUUCCCGCAGCGGGGACGCCCUACACCCGCCCUGCCCGACGCCCUCCCGCAGCCUGGACGCCCUACACCCGCCCUGCCCGACGCCCUCCCGCAGCGGGGACGCUCUACACCCGCCUUCACGGAU